CAUUAUUCGCCCAACGUUGGUCGAGUGCGCAACGUUCAGUAUAGUAGUAGUACCAUUAGCAUCAAGUGCGCGCGUAAUAUUAAACUAUGGAAAAAAUUACUUCUGAAAAUAUUUGCAAAAUAAUCAUUUUGGAAUCCAGUCAGCAGAGGCUUUUCCAUCCGAAACUCCAGGAAAAUUUCUUGCAACAAGAAAAUUUGGUGCGCCGCAAACGUCCGUCGGUUUUCAAAAAGUGCCUUUUCGGAAAGUCCGAUCCAGACGACACGAAACGGAUGCUGGAAGAGCAAUACGGCCUCGACCAGCAACGGUUCUUUUCCAGAUUCGGUUUCGAUAUUGAAACCAUUGAGCAGCUGGAACGGACCAAAGAUGACGUUAAGGAGAAUAUUGAAAAUGAUAGGAAUGAACAAAAUAGGAAAAGCUGUAGUGCCGGUAUUAAGAAUUUGGGAAAGAAAAUUUUGAAGGCGAGGAGAAAAGUUAGUUUCAAUAAGCCGCAGACCAAUCAGAGCCAACAAUUUAUUACUGAUUAUUACCAGGCCAGAAAAAACUCCGCAUUGCAUUCUUUAGGGAAAAAUACGCCCACAGAGCAACCGACUUCGAAUUUGGAAAAUUGUUAAACAAUUCAAUUUAUAUAAGACUGUAUAUAUGUAUUUAAAUUAUUGUGUAUAAUUUCAUACGGCCAAAGCCAAAGUUUAUGUAGAAUGCUUAGAAAAAAAAAACAAAUAAUGCUUUCUCGAACAUUUUAGAACUUCUAUUUCUUGUAAAGAUGCUAGCAAUAGAAUCUAGUCUUGUUAUUAUUAUUUUUUUGUAUAUUUUUGUGUAUAUAGCUUUUUGUACUUUUAGUGUAUGCAAAUAUUAAAUUAUUUAUGAUAAAAUUUGAUUAUUUGUUGUUUUAUUUUAAUACGUUUUAUGGAAACAAGAAAAAUAUUUCUUUAA